AUGUCUCUUCGAUCCUAUCUAGAAGCCGCUUACAAAGAAGUUCGACUGUCUUCAGAAGUCGCCCUCAGUCCCCUCCAACAGCUUGAUUGCCGUCUGAAGAAGGAUGCCGAGAAUCUCAUUCUGGUUUAUGGUGGAUCUUUCAAUCCGCCACACCGUGGACACCUAGAUGUCCUGCUAUCCGCAUUGCAUCCGGUUGUGAAUGCCGCUGCAGUCGUUGUGCUACCGAGCGAGAACUUUCACCUGCGCCACAAGUUGGCAACUAGCCACCCAGAAUUCUUUCUUAGCCGGAGGCAAAGAGCUGACCUGUGGGCUUCCAUACCUACCGUUCCGAAGAACAAGGUUUGGGUAUGGUCAGAGACCUGGUAUCCCUUCCUGCCAUUUACUGAAGCGGUCCGGCGGCUUGGCGAAGCGGACGGAUACGACAUCGUCUUUUCGCAUCUCAUUGGACCUGAUAAUCUCAACGAAGCCGAUGCCCUCAACAAUUUACCAUACAGGCUUCCACGGAUACUUGUAACCAACAAAGCCAGGCACGUCCCGUCUCAGUUUUUGCCAAAUGGGCAGCCAGCGAAGUGGAAAGGGUUUGGAGAGUGGUCUCAAGUUAACGCAGAUGUUUCUCGCAAUGAACGAGCUGAGAGUGCUGAAGAGGCUGUUCUGUGGUCAUGCCAGAGCGUGGACAGUAUUGGCCUGGGGAAGAUGGGUUACUACUUAGAGUUCACCAAAAAGUCAGUUGGGCCUGACUUAAAUUCGACGAGUCUAAGGCAAGAUCUGCUCCAGAAACACUCGCUGGACGAGGAAGCUCUUAGGCAACUCAGUACACUUGACCUUCUUGACAUGCUGCGACCAAUCCUGCAGGUGGAUUAG